CAUUGAUGGGCACUAGUGAGGCUGCAUUGUUGGGCACUGGUGAGGCUGCAUUGAUGGGCACUGAUCAGACUGCAUUGAUGGGCACUGGUGAGGCUGCAUUGAUGGGCACGGGUGAGGCUGCAUUGAUGGGCACUGAUCAGCCUGCAUUGAUGGAGAAUGGUGAGGCUGCAUUGAUGGGCACUGGUGAGGCUGCAUUGAUGGGCGCUGAUCAGACUGCAUUGAUGCGCACUGUGUCCAAUCAUAGCUGAUCACAUGUAAACAGGGAAAUGCCGGUUAUCAGCAUUUCUCUCCUCUCGAGCUGUCACGCUGACAGCUCGAGAGGAGAGGAGAGCCGGUAAUCGGCUUUCCGAGGAGGGGACAUGUACACAGAUCAUCAGGGCACUGAUGAUCAGUGUGC